AUGAGCGGGAAUGUGAAGUUCAACGCCGUCGCUCCCGCUCCCAUGCCUGCGGCGGCGAAGAAAGCGGCUGAAAAGCCCCGGGCAAUUCUUCCGUGCGAGUUUCUUCUUAGUCUGCAAGGUCGACGUGUGGUUGUCUUCUUGUCCUACCAAGACCACGAGCUGGAGGGCCGGCUGGCGGCGGUGGAUGCCGAUAAAGGAGACCUUUUUCUGGAGGAUGUCGUGCACUUCGUGUGGAGCCACGGCGCGGCCGGUGGAAAGCUGAGGGAAGGCACGCGUACGGAGCUGCGACGCUGCAGCAGCGCAAUGGUGAAUAGCCGAUACAUCGAAAUAAUUACCCCCGCUUGA